AUGGUGUACAUGCUUGCGUCGAGCGCACGGAGCGCUCUUCCCCUCCCGCGUAUCUGGGGCUGCCAUCGCGCGGCUUCGAGCGCGUCGGCGUCACUCCCCAGCCACUACACGCUUCCCUCCGGGGAUCGCAUUCCCUCUGUCGCACUCGGUGUCUGGAAGGCCGGCCGCGGCGAGGUCGGUCAAGCGGUCAAGGUCGCACUCGAUGCCGGUUACCGUCACAUCGACGACGCGCGCAUCUACCGCAACGAAGAGGAGGUCGGCGCUGCCUGGAGCGAGAGCGGCUAUAAGCGCGAGGACUUGUGGAUUACGAGCAAGCUAUGGAACGACCACCACGACCCGCGCGAUGUGGAGAAGUCGCUGGACGCGAGCCUGGAGGCGCUCAACACGACGUACCUCGACCUGUUCCUGAUCCACUGGCCGAUCGCGUUCAACCGCGAUGGGUCCGUGUACAACAAGGAGCUCACCGACGACCCCUUCCCCACCUGGCAGAAGCUCGAGGAGCUCGUCAAGAAGGGCAAGAUCCGCAACAUCGGCGUCAGCAACUUCAACAUCUGGCGCCUCUCCAAGCUCCUCUCCCACCCCAACAUCACCAUCCCGCCCGCCAUCAACCAGGUCGAGCUCAACUUCUGGAACCCCCAGCCGGGCCUCCUCGCCUGGGCCAAGGCGCACAACGUCCUCCUCGAGGCCUACUCGCCCCUCGGCGGCGACGGCCAGGUCGGCAAGACCCUCAACGAGCCCGUCGUGCAGGAGAUCGCGAACGAGCUCGCCAUCACGCCCGCGCAGGUCAUCAUCUCGUGGCACGUCCAGCGCGGGACGGUCGUGUUGCCGAAGAGCGUCACGCCGAGCCGCAUUGAGGAGAAUUUGCAGGUGACCCGCCUGCCGGAUGCGCUAUUCGAUAAGCUGGAGGCUGCUGCUGUGGGCAAGAAGCCGCAGCGCACGCUCAACCCGAGCAAGUCCUGGGGUCUGCCCUUCGACCUCUUCGAGUAG